AUGGCAUGGAAAGUGAGAGAUACUGCAUUAGCAGACUGGACAGUUUUAGUCCUCAAAGGCUCAUCUUCAAGUCUCUCUGCUGUUCUCCAGCCUCCUGUAUCGGAUCCUGUUGAACUGGGAGGAGAUACAACUUUGCAGUGUUCAGUACUCACAGAUACGUCUGCAGGAGAACACAGUGUGUACUGGUUCAGACAUGGAUCAGGAGAAUCUCAUCCAGGAAUCAUUUACACUCAUGGAAACAGGAGUGAUGAGUGUAAGAAAAGCUCUGAGACUGAUUCUCCUACACAGAGCUGUGUCUACAAACUCCCCAAGAGAAACCUCAGCCUCUCUGAUGCUGGAACUUACUACUGUGCUGUGCUCAUGUGUGGAGAGAUCAUCUUUGGGAACGGAACUAAACUGGAAUUUGUAGAGAACAGCAUUUUGGUCCCAGUCAUUAUUGGUUCAGCAGCAUCGAUCAUCAUUACCAUGGCUGUGGUUUUAUUUCUGUGUAGAAAAUUACACAACAGAUAUCAUAAAGAAGCAGCUGCCGACGGUCAGUCAGUCCAAGCAAAUCAGGGUGAAUGUGAUGAAGGUUUGAACUAUGCAGCACUGAGUUUCACUAAUAAACCACCGUCCUCCAGAGGAACUAGAAGACAACAGAAGCUGAAAGACACUGAAGUUUACUCGCAGAUCAAAUAUCCCCAAUAA